UCACCGCGGUCAGCAGGCCGUUGUCAAGGGCCAAUUGACCCGGAUCUCGUUCUUGUCGGGGGUAAGUGGCCGGAAGUUCACAGGCAGCCAAGAUGGCGGCGCGCAUGACGAGGCUGAGGUCGUGGACUCAACUCCGCAGGUGUGGCCUCGCCGGCAGCAGGCGGUACAGCAGCGCCGGGUAUCCCGGGAUCCCGCUCUCCACGCCGUUGCCCAAUGUCCCCAAACCGAACUACGCCACGGUUGGCGACCACGACAAGCAUGAAACGCGUAUCACGGUGCUGGAAAACGGAUUGCGAGUGGCCUCACAGGACAAGUUCGGCCAGUUCUGCACAGUUGGUGUUUUAGUGAAUGCUGGGUCAAGACAUGAGGUGAAAUUUCCCAGCGGCAUUUCCCACUUUCUGGAAAAGCUGGCAUUUUCUUCUACAGCACAGUUUGGCUCGAAGGAUGAAAUUCUCCUCACCCUGGAAAAACACGGGGGGAUUUGCGACUGUCAGUCUUCCAGGGACACAACAAUGUUUGCUGUUUCUGCAGAGGUGAAGGGCCUGGAGACAGUAGUCAAUCUGCUUGCUGAUGUGGUGCUGCAGCCAAGGCUUACAGAUGAGGAACUUGAGAUGACCCGACUGGCUGUCCGCUUUGAGCUGGAGGACUUGCAAAUGAGACCGGAUCCUGAACCUCUCCUAACUGAAAUGAUUCAUGCGGCAGCUUACCGGGACAAUACUGCGGGGCUUCCCAGGUUCUGUCCCACGGACAACAUAGAGAAGAUUGAUCAAAAGCUGAUUCACUCGUUUUUGCGGAAUUACUACACCUUUGACCGAUUGGUGUUGGCUGGGGUUGGGGUGGACCAUGAUCAGUUGGUGGAGUGUGCAAAGAAAUAUCUUCAGGGAGUAACUCCAGUGUGGGGGUUAGAAAAGCCCACUGAUGUGGACCGGUCUGUGUCCCAGUACACUGGGGGAAUCAUAAAGGUGGAGAAGGACAUGACGGAUGUCAGCCUGGGCCCCACUCCAAUCCCAGAGCUUACUCACAUAAUGAUUGGCCUAGAAAGCUGUUCCUUCCUGGAGGAGGAUUUCAUUCCUUUUGCUGUGCUGAACAUGAUGAUGGGUGGCGGGGGCUCGUUCUCAGCGGGGGGACCUGGGAAGGGCAUGUUCACCAGACUCUACCUCAAUGUAUUAAACAGACACCACUGGAUGUAUAAUGCCACUGCCUAUCACCACAGCUAUGAGGAUACUGGUCUUCUGUGUAUCCAUGCCAGUGCAGAUCCCAGACAGGUCAGGGAGAUGGUGGAAAUUAUCACUCGAGAAUUUAUCCUGAUGGCUGGCUCAGUGGGAGAAGUGGAGCUGGAGCGAGCCAAGACCCAGUUGCAGUCUAUGCUAAUGAUGAACCUUGAGUCUCGGCCAGUUAUCUUCGAGGAUGUAGGAAGACAGGUGUUGGCAACAGGAAUGCGGAAGCUCCCCCUCGAACUUUGCAGACUAAUUGGGGAAGUGACAGCAAGUGACAUCAGGAGGGUCACAACCAAGAUGUUACGCAGUAGGCCUGCUGUGGCAGCGCUGGGGGACCUCAGUGACCUGCCGACCUACGAGCACAUCCAGCAGGCACUGACCAGCAAAGACGGCCGCCUUCCCCGCAUUUACCGGCUGUUCCGGUGAGCAGCUCCGAGUGUCUGGCUGAACAGAAAAGCCAUUGUACUCCAGGUUUCUGGUCGUUGUUUAUCCACCAGCUGCUUCUGUUGAGUGCGGGGGUAAUUGUUUGUAAAUAGAGGGGAAAAGAGGUUUGAUAUGUGAUCUGAUUGCUUUUAUAUAAAGGGGGAGCUGAAAAUCUGUUUUAAAAUAAUAACUGUGAUUACUUUAUGUGAUGCUGCUAUUGUUCAUCUGCUCCUGGACUGUGAUGAUUCUGUCACCGCACAGUGCAUGUCACGUCCUGUAAUGUCUUAAUCGUUCUAAUACAAGGCACCUUUGCUCGAUCCUGAUUCCUUUCCUGGCUUCUGCCUCCAAUUGGGAGGUUGUACAGGAAAAUCUGAAAAACUACAUAACACUUUCCAGUGCCUCCUUUCACAUGCACUAUUUCUCCCACCUUAUCCAUAGUCCCCGUUUGCUACAUGCUGGUGUAUAACCUUUCAUCUAAGUCUCCUCCCACCCUCGCUUGAUCUCA